AUGGACGCGGAUAGUGCAGUGGUUAUCACCAUGCGUCACGCAUGCACAAAGGUGCAACUGGCUGAGGUUGCGGCGGUCAGAAGUUGCACGGCGUCAGUGAACCUGCUGGUGUGCCAUUUCGCCAUCGACAAAGAGGCGUUACCAUACAGGAACGAUCAAGGGAUCCCAUGUAAACCGUUAACCGAACGUGGGACUGGUAUCGAGCCACAGUGGAUUGUGGAAUUGAAAGAGAAGGCGGAGUACAAAGACACACAUGUGUGCUUCAAACCGGAGGUAUUUUACGCCUAUACUGUGCCUGGAGGAAUCUUACUAAUUACGACAACGAUCAGUACCGUAGUACUGGCCACAAUACAAUGCAGACAGGUGCAGAAAUUGAGGAGACGACACAUUGACAACAGGGAGGAUUACCUACUGGCCCCAUCGUCCAUCAUUGCAUCCGAAAUGACCCCACCAACGAAGCACGUGGAGGCUGCAGGAAGGUUGGAUAUUUUGGCAGAUUCCGCGUUUUACCGAGGCCAGGGACAGGCCUCAACCAGAGGAAGCCAUAAGCAGGCAAUAAUACAAGAUGGAUAUCAAAAACUGGCUAACGGUUUGCAGCCCAGCCUGAGAGCGUCGAAAGGCAGACCGAACACAACUAUGAGAGGAAGUUCACUGUGGCCACAAAAUAUGGGAGGGUCCGUCAGGAGAACACAAAAUCGCGGUAAUCGUCCUGAAGAGAUAAAUUAACUACACACACAAUGGUAUUUGAUUAAACAAACUGAUCACCAC